GCAGGCUCAGCCCCGGUUCUGCGCCUGGCUCCGGGCUCCGGGCUCCGGCUUCAGCACCAGGGACAGAGCCCGCCGGCGCCGCGCCCGCCAUGGCCAGCGAGGCCCAUGACCUGCAGGAGCUGCGGCGAAGUGCCUCGCUGGCCACCAAGGUCUUUGUGCAGCGGGACUACAGCGACGGGACCCUCUGCCAGUUCCAGACCAAGUUCCCCCUGGAGCUGGACAGCCGGCUCGAGCGGCAGCUCUUUGAGGAGACAGUGAAGACCCUCAAUGGCUUCUACGCCGAGGCCGAGAAGAUCGGGGGCAGCUCCUACCUGGAGGGGUGCCUGGCGUGUGCCACGGCCUACUUCAUCUUCCUCUGCAUGGAGACCCACUACGAGAAGGUGCUGAAGAAGAUCUCCAAGUACAUCCAGGAGCAGAACGAGCAGGUGUAUGCGCCCCGGGGCCUGCUGCUCACCGACCCCGUGGAGCGGGGCAUGCGGGUCAUCGAGAUCUCCAUCUACGAGGACAGAUGCAGCAGCGGCAGCACCAGCAGCGGCAGCACCAGCAGCGGGGGUGGGGGGGGCCGGUGACUGGCCGGGGGUCCCUGCAGGGACCAGCACUGCCGGGACGAAGGCCUCGCCGAGCUCCGCCGGCUGCGGUACCAGAGCACCCGCUUCUGAGCGCCCCCGGGAGGGAGGGAGGGGCUGCGGGGACCCCAGCGUAGACCUGCUGCCGGAGCAGGGCGAGCGCAGGGGCGAAGGCGCCUCGGGCCAGGCCCCAUGGGGCCCCUAGGCAGCCAGCCAGCCCAGAGCCAAUGGCCCUGUCCCAGCCCGUGCCCUGGGCAGUGCCACCUGCGGCAUCACCCUCCCCUAAAGCCAAGCGCUGAAGGAGCUGCAGAGGGGGCAGCGGGGGGAUCCUGACCCGGGGGGCCGCGGGCUGCUGCUCCUGCUGCAGGGAGCGUAGUCCCGGCACACGUGCAUGCACGGCCCUGCGGUGGCUGGCAAAGCCCCAGGCACUGCCCUGCACGGGGUGCUGUGCCUCCCACCCCGGCCAUGUCCUCCCCU